AUGGUUGCCAAGCUUGCUCCAAAGAACGCCAAGAGGAACUUGCGCAAGAAGAAGGUGCACCUUAAAUUCAAUGUUGAAUGCAAGAACCCUGUCGAAGAUGGAAUUAUCAGAAUCGAAGACUUCGAAACGUUCUUGAACGAGAAGAUCAAGGUUAACGGAAAGACCGGACACUUGGCUGCCAACAACGUUAAGGUUGAGGUUGCCAAGACCAAGAUCUCGAUCGUCUCUGAGAUUCCAUUCUCCAAGAGAUACCUUAAGUACCUCACCAAGAAGUACCUCAAGAGAAAUUCUCUUCGUGACUGGCUCCGUGUUGUCGCCAUCAACAAGAACACCUACGAGAUCAGAUACUUCCACAUUAAUGACGGAGAUGAUGCUGGAAGCGAUCACGAGUAA